AUGCACGACUUAUUAAAAGAUUCACCGCGAGAUACACCUCAUGCUUUCGCUGUAAACACCCCAUCGGAUUUGGCGGGCGUGGAGGAGGCUGCGCGAGCAGGGGAUUUCGACGUCCUCCGAUCUGUGACAUACAACAGAGUAUGGUACAUGGGCCAAAGCUAUUGCGCAAGCCGGGAGUCAAUUGAUUCCUGCGAGCCCACUCUGCAUUCUCUCUGGUACGUCUAUUGUCAAUGCGCCAAACAUGUCUCCUACGAAAGCUUUGAGCAAGACAAAUGGAUCCUCGACAUCCUCCGGACGCGGGGACGCGGGCCUCUCACCAGGCCGGCACCGGGCGGUGGCAUCGAUAUUGCUAGAACUACCAAUGGGACAGUCUGGAACGAUCUGCCGUUCCUUGCGACCGACAUGACAGAGUUCUGGAUCAACAACUGCGCGGAAAUGGACUCAAAGCAGCGUCUUAAUGCUGCCACCUUCCUUGCGAAGCUUGCGUCUACGCGUGUUGCAAACGAUCAGCUUUGCCAGAUUGCUCUGCUCCUUUUCCGUGAGACUUUCGAGGCCGAGCGUCCCCUUGGCAGCUCUAAUGAGUCGGAUGCCGAAAAGGAAGACAGUCAGCGAUCAAUAGAUUUCCUUAGAAUUGCUUCGUUGCUCCCAUCUGCUUGUGCCUGGAUCCGAGAAGCUGGGCAAAACCUCAUACUCUUAUCCGAUUUCUCAUGGAAUGAUUGCUCUCACAGUACCAUAGCAACAUGUGGGUUCAUCUUUACCCAGUCGGAGCUAGGUCAACGGGCACCUAGUGGAUUUAGUCCUUGGAGAUGGUUAUACUGGCUUAAGCGGUUACAUCAAAUUGCCGACGAAGCAUCAAAAGCAGAUGAGAUGAUUCUUGCAGAGCAGGCCGCACAGGCAAUUGACAUUAUGUUAUCUAACGUUAAAGAGAGGAACUCUCGGAUUGUCAGGGUGUUUGAGGCAGCGGGCGAUGCUGUGACCCAGGAUAAAGAUUUCAUGGGCCUGAAGAAGAAAUGGUAG